AUGACUUCGACACAUAAGUACAGACCAGCCGAGCGCCCUGAAUCCCCAACGCAUGACUCCGACUCCGACCUAGAUCUCGACGUCCACGAGCUGGAUCCCAUCUCGACGGAGAACAUCAGAGGAUCUGGACGAGACCAAUAUAUCGGUUCAUCUGAGUCAAAACCAUCGAGAAUAGCUCUCCGGAACUUGCGUAUGGGAGGUUUGCGACGUGCCAAUAAACGCGGCGGCCGCGGGUACGGUGAACUUGGCCAGAACCGGGAUGAUUUCGACGAACAUACCCGUGAACUGAUAGAUGAGCAUGAUGGAGCAGGAGGCAGUCAUGCUGAUGAUGACGCGCCUCUCCUUGGCGGCCACCAGAAGUCUCACAGCCAGCGGCUGUCCUUGCCUAGCAUUCGACUUCCUACCUUUUUUUCUGGAAAUAAGCCCCUACCACAUAGAGACGAUGAAGCUGUAGAUGAGCAAGAUGAAGAUGAUCCUUCGGCGUCAAGACACGUCGUUGUUGGAUCUAUUCAAUCAACCCGAUUUCCGGCCAACAUUGUUUCCAAUGCUAAAUAUACGGCGCUGACUUUUCUUCCCGUCACCCUCUAUAACGAGUUUUCUUUCUUCUUCAAUAUGUAUUUCCUCCUAGUCGCUUUAUCGCAAGCGAUACCCGCCCUUCGGAUCGGCUACUUGUCCACCUACAUAGCGCCGCUUGCCUUUGUUCUCUGUAUCACUAUGGGAAAGGAGGCGUACGACGACAUUGAGAGACGGCGGAGAGACAAUGAGGCUAACUCGGAAGAAUACCGAGUGCUGACAUUUGCUGAUCCCGAGUCACAACUUGCAUCAGUCAAACCACAUCGUCGACCACUCAAAUCUGAUUCAAUGAAUAAAAGGGGGUCACGACGGCAAAGGGAAUCGCGACACGACCUGACUGAUAUUCAGGAAGAAGACAACGCCUACCAUCCUUCGUCUUUCGUUCAAGAAGCCAAGCGCAAGUCCAAGGAUCUGAGAGUUGGUGAUGUUCUCAAACUCAGCAAAGGACAACGCGUGCCGGCCGAUGUGGUCAUAUUGCAAUGCUACAAUGUGGAUGGACCUACCUCGUCUACCCCCAAGGAACCUUCAGAGGAAGAGACACUCUUUGCUUUUGCCGACAAUGAGCCUGAUGGGAAAGGGAAAGAACCAGAAAUAGCGGUACAGAAGGACGAGGGCGAGACUGGCGGAUGCUCUGGAGAAAUAUUUAUCAGAACUGACCAACUCGAUGGUGAGACAGAUUGGAAGUUGAGGCUGGCCUCGGCUCUGACGCAGAACAUCCCCCCCGAAGAGUUUGUGCGAUUGAGAGUUACAGGUGGAAAGCCCGACAAGAAGGUCAGCGAGUUCGUGGGCACUGUUGAACUGUGCCCUACGAGACAGGAUGCGACGAGCCAUCACUCGAUGUCUAGUCAUGAUGGCGAUUCGAAUUUGGCAGCUCUAUCGAUCGAUAACACGGCUUGGGCUAAUACAAUCAUUGCUUCUCAAGGAACGACCUUGGCAGUCAUCUUGUAUACCGGCCCUCAGACGAGGUCUGCAUUAUCAACUUCACCGUCUCGGUCCAAAACAGGUCUCCUUGAAUACGAAAUCAACUCACUUACCAAGAUUUUGUGCGCUCUCACUUUAGCAUUGUCAGUGGUCCUGGUUGCUCUUGAAGGAUUUGAAAACACGACAGGCAACGUGUGGUACAUUAAAAUCAUGCGCUUUCUGGUUUUGUUUUCAACCAUUGUUCCCGUUAGUUUGCGUGUCAACCUCGACAUGGGCAAGAGCGCAUAUUCAAGAUUCAUUCAACACGAUUCGGGUAUUCCAGGCGCUGUUGUUCGAACCAGCACUAUACCCGAGGAUCUGGGAAGAAUCGAGUAUCUGUUAAGCGACAAAACAGGCACUUUGACACAGAAUGACAUGGAGAUGAAGAAAGUCCACGUUGGUACUGUAUCUUAUGCCAACGAGGCAAUGGACGAGGUCAAAUCAUAUGUUCGUCAAGGAUUCCACAUUCAGCCUACAACGGACCCGUCGUCACAGACUAUCCUCAUUACGCCAUCCUCGACGUUCUCGACUGCUGUCAAUAUUGGCGCUGCUCGCACACGACGUGAGAUUGGAGGACGCGUGCGAGACGUAGUUCUUGCGCUGGCCCUGUGCCACAACGUCACCCCUACCGUUGAUAUGGAGGAUGGCAAGGAAGUCACAUCAUACCAGGCAUCGUCACCCGAUGAAAUCGCCAUUGUGAAAUGGACAGAAUCAGUAGGGCUCAAGUUGGCAUACCGCGACAGAAAAGGCAUGACGCUUGAGUCAACGGAAACAGGACGAACAGUUGUCCGCGUUCGUAUUCUCGAUGUGUUCCCAUUUACAUCUGAUGGCAAACGCAUGGGUAUCAUUGUGCACUUUUACGACGACUUGAAGAAUGCUAAUCCAAGCCUGAGCUCCGGGGAGAUUUGGUUCUACCAAAAGGGUGCUGAUACUGUUAUGGGCACAAUAGUCGCCGCCAACGAUUGGCUAGACGAGGAGACAGCCAACAUGGCUAGAGAGGGGUUGCGAACACUGGUCGUGGGUCGUAAGAAGUUGUCGUACCAGCAGUAUCAAGAGUUCUCGUCCAAGUAUCAAGAAGCUUCCAUGUCCAUUACCAAUCGGGAGACUGGCAUUCAGCGCGUCGUAUCUCACCAUCUUGAGAACCACCUCGAACUACUCGGCGUCACCGGUGUGGAGGACAAGUUACAAAAAGAUGUCAAGUCGUCACUGGAGCUUCUCCGCAACGCCGGUAUCAAGAUUUGGAUGUUGACAGGAGACAAGGUUGAAACAGCUCGCUGUGUGGCUGUUAGCUCCAAGCUGGUUGCACGCGGUCAGUACAUCUAUACCGUCGCUAAACUCAAGCGCAAGGAUGGCGCGCAGGAGCACCUCGACUUCCUGCGCGGCAAAACCGAUUCUUGCCUUCUCAUUGACGGUGAAAGCCUCCAGCUCCUGCUGACCCAUUUCCGAAUCGAAUUCAUUUCCAUUGCUGUGCGGCUUCCUACGGUAGUGGCUUGUCGAUGCUCGCCUACACAAAAGGCUGAGGUUGCCGAGCUCAUCAAGGAAUACACCAAGAAGAGAGUCUGUUGCAUUGGCGACGGAGGAAACGACGUGUCCAUGAUUCAAGCAGCAGACGUGGGUGUUGGCAUCGUCGGCAAGGAAGGUCGCCAGGCGAGUUUGGCAGCAGAUUUCUCCAUUGAACAAUUUUAUCACUUGGUCAAGCUGCUUGUGUGGCAUGGGCGGAACAGCUAUAAACGGAGUGCCAAGUUGGCGCAGUUUGUUAUUCACCGUGGUUUGAUCAUAGCAGUGUGUCAAACCAUGUACAGUAUUGCCAGGAAAUUUGAACCCGAGGGCUUAUACAAGGACUGGCUUCUUGUCGGCUACGCAACCAUCUACACGUCUGCUCCUGUUCUAUCCCUUGUUCUCGACAAGGACGUUGACGAAAACUUGGCCAACCUGUAUCCAGAAUUGUACAAGGAACUCACAGAGGGCCGGUCGCUAUCAUACCGCACCUUUUUUGUGUGGGUCUUAGUGUCCAUCUACCAGGGCAGUAUGAUCCAGGGUCUGUCACAGGUUCUGACGGAAGUGGACGGGCCGAAGAUGGUAGCUGUGAGUUUUACGGUGCUAGUGUUGAACGAGCUCAUCAUGGUUGCCAUUGAGAUUACAACGUGGCACCCGGUCAUGAUCUUGAGUAUUUUGGGCACCUUUUUGGUAUUUGUUGGCAGUAUCCCGUUCCUGGGAGGAUACCUCGACCUCAAAUUCGUCAUUACUUGGGGCUUUGUAUGGCGCAUCCUUGCUAUCGGAGCCAUAUCCCUGAUUCCCCCAUAUGUAGGGAAACUGAUCAGGAGGGCGAUCAAGCCUCCGUCGUAUAGAAAAGUACAGAACCGGUAG